AUGUUACAGUGCACUGGUCUUAUUGACGCGUGCUACUACGCCCUUGUGUUCCCGCGUCCCUCUCGUUCUGCAGGCUUCGUUAGUAUCAACUGCGGAUACACGGGUCCCCCGUUUGUGGACAAACUCACUGGAAUAAGGUGGCAGCCGGAUCAAUACUACAGCACAGGAGUACCCGGCACUGCCCCCCCUCCCAAGGGCAAGCAAUGGGGGCCGUAUGACGCGGACGCGACCAUGCGAGUCUUUACAGAGUACCCCGUUAACUGUUAUAACAUCCCGGUGGCCAAGCCUGGGAGGUAUUUGCUGCGGCUGGUGAUGUACUAUGGGAACUAUGACAAGGCCAAGAGCCCGCCCGCGUUCAACGUCUCCUUUGGGAUCUCGUUCGCGGCGACGGUGGUGCUGACUCUGAAGGAGAGGGUGGUCUCAGAGAUCAUUGGUCAAGUGGACUCAACAGAGCUCGAGGUGUGCUUCGUGAGCAUCUAUGGCAAGCCUCUGGUGAACGCGCUGGAGCUGAGGCCGCUGCCCGCAGCGACUCCCUCAGUCACCUCUCUAUUCUUUCUGACCUUCCCUCCCCCCUCUCCCCAGGUGUGCUUCGUGAGCAUCUACGGCAAGCCACUGGUGUGCUUCGUGAGCAUCUACGGCAAGCCGCUGGUGUGCUUCGUGAGCAUCUACGGCAAGCCGCUGGUGAACGCGCUGGAGGCUGAGGCCGCUGCCCCCGGCGUCAUACGUGUCGUCUGCCCGACCCCCUCCGGAGUCAUGCUGCUCUGGUGGCGCCUCUUCAGUGCCAACGACUCGCUCACCAACCGCAUGCUGCGACGGUGUGAUGGCCACCAGUGGGGGCGCCGCCUCAUGUUUGACUGCCACCUCUCACCUAUCCACCCCUCUCCUCCCUUCUUCACCCCUGCAGCUACCCCUACGACCCCUUGGAUCGCAUCUGGGAUGCAGACGGUCUACCCGUACGACCCCUUGGAUCGCAUCUGGGAUGCAGACGGUGUGAUGGCCACCAGUGGGAGCGCGGCCUCGUCCACCCUCAUGUUUGACUACUCUUUCUCACCUCUCCACCCCUCUCCACCCCUCUCCCCCCUUGUCCACCCCUGCAGCUACCCCUACGACCCAUUGGAUCGCAUCCGGGAUGCAGAUGGCGUGAUGACCACCAGUGGGGGCGCUCCCUCCUCCACCCUCAUGUUUGACUACUCUCUCACCCCUCCACCCGUCUCCACCCCUCUCCGCCUCUCUCCACCCCUUUCCACCCUUCCAGAUCGCAUCUGGGAUGCAGACGGUGUGAUGGCCACCAGUGGGGGCGCUGCCUCGUCCACCCUCAUGUUCGACUAUUCUCUCGACUCCUACGUUUUUGGCACACCGAUUAACGUUAAGCCGGCUAUAGGGGCUAGAGCCGCGGCUGCAGCUACUUCUGCUGCGAUUGGCACUGGGGAUUCGGGCCGAACAGUGGUGGGGGAGAGUGCGUCAGUAGAAGCAGAGGAAUCGGCGCAAGCGGCGGCAACAGCAGCAGCAGCAGCAGCAGCAGCAGCAGCAGCAGCAGCAGCAGGGACAGCAGGAGCAGCAGUGGUAGGCCAAGGGACAGCAGAAGCGCUAGCACCGGGAGAAGCAAGUUCAGCAGUGGUUGCAGCAGCAUCAGAGCAAGCAAUCACAGGGAACGGCACAACCAACGCUGCCCCUGCCUUUCUACAGCUCACAGCGCGCACAGUGCCACAGGCCCCCGGGGCGGUGAAGCGGGCGGGGGACAUGGUGUUUGAUAUUGUGUUGAACGAGCAGGUGGUGGUUGGCAGAUUUGAUUUGUUUUUGCAGCUGCAAGGGGCGGGCAGGGCGGCACGGGUUGGGCCGAGUGGCGUGGGGGGAAGUGGUGUGAGUGGAAGUGGCGUUGGGGGAAGUGGUGUGAGUGGAAGUGGCGUGGUGGGAAGUGGUGCGAGUGGAAGUGGCGUGGUGGGAAGUGGUGCUGUUGAGGGUGGUGGCGAUGUCACUGCUCAUGCAGCUGCGAUAGGCCUUGCUGCUGCUCCUGCCACUCCCCUUCCUUCUGCUGCUGCUGCAGCUCCGUCCACCCUUCCUAACCCUUCCGCCACAGCUCCUGCACCCGCUCCUCCUCCUUCUUCUGGGAGCAGCAGCAGUGUCAGCAGCAGCACUGAUAGCAGCCUGUACGCGCAGCAGGUGGUGAUGGUGGUGGUGAAUUUUACGAGUGUGGAUCUCUACAUCCCCGCCAUCCUGCUGCUCAGGCCCGUCGCUACCAGCCGCCUGCCGCCAGCCAUCAGCGGCAUCGAGAUGUACGAGGUGUUCCCCGCUGCCAAGCCAACGCCCGCUGAUGAAGGUGAGUCACGAGUCGACUUAGUGAGUGUAUUCUUGAGUUGGCAGUUCACAUUCGAGCUGACUCGCAACAUGGCAAUCAGUGGUGCUGCAGGGUGUUUUGAGAAUUCUCAAAAACAUUCGAGCUGGCUCACAAUAUGGCAAUCAGUGGUAUGGAGAUGUACGAGUCUCCGCCCUGCGCGAAUUCCAAAGGCUGCUGGGGGCGCCAGCGUCUUUGGCCGGGUGGCAGGGGUCGGACCCCUGCAACCCCAUCAAGUGGGCGGGCAUUCAGUGCACUCAGGCGCAGGGGGACAGCGAGUCACACGUCAGCGGCAUGUGAGUGGGGGGGCGGGGAGGUGGGAUUGGAGGAGGAAAAGGGGGAAGGAUGGGAGAGAGAAAGGGAUGGGAGCGCCAAUGUCUCUGGCAGGGUGGCAGGGGUCGGACCCCUGCAACCCCAUCAAGUGGGCGGGCAUUCAGUGCAUCCAGGCACAGGGGGGACAGGGCAUUGCACGUCAGCGGCAUUCUCUCCUCUCCGUUCCCCCCCCGUUCCCCCCCACCAGCUACCUGGGCAACUACAGUCUCCACGGCCCCAUCUCGCCAGCUCUGGCUAACGUCUCUCGCCUCCAACACCUCUGGGUGAACGACAACAACCUGGAGAAUGAGAUUCCCAGCUCUCUUGGCGACCUGGGGGAUCUCUCAACUCUCCACAGUUCGUCCCGUCCCCCUGCCAAAAUCAUCUCGUCCCGCUCUUUUUCCUCACUCCCCUUCUCCUGCCCCUCGUUUAGUCUCCCUCUCUCGGACUCCUUCAACCUUCCUUCGCAGUCUGCGCCUUUGGUGCUUCGCGCAAACGUUAGCCUUAUUCCCCUCUCUCCUUCGCCCGUUCCCCACAACCCCUUUUCUUUCCACCAUUGCCUCUCAUCUCCUUCUUCUCUCUCUUUCCCCCGCGGCGUGCAGUCUAUUGCAGAACAACCAUUUAACAGGGGGGUUCCUCAGUCGCUCACCAACCUCACCAAUCUGGUCCAGCUUCACCCACUCCACUCCCCAUCCGGGCUCCCCUCUGUGUUUCCUUCUCUCCUGGAUGCACACUGCAGCAACGGGCACAAGGGGGAGGACACAGGGGGAACAGGGGCGCAGGGGCACAAGGGGGAGGACACAGGGGGAACAGGGGGCGCAGGGGCACAAGGGGGAGGACACAGGGGAACAGGGGGCGCAGGGGCACAAGGGGGAGGACACAGGGGGAACAGGGGGCGCAGGGGCACAAGGGGGAGGACACAGGGGGAACAGGGGGCGCAGGGGCACAAGGGGGAGGGCACAGGGGGAACAGGGGGCGCAGGGGCACAAGGGGGAGGGACACAGGGGGAAACAGGGGCGCAGGGGCACAAGGGGGAGGACACAGGGGAACAGGGGGCGCAGGGGCACAAGGGGGAGGACACAGGGGGAACAGGGGGCGCAGGGGCACAAGGGGGAGGACACAGGGGGAACAGGGGGCGCAGGGGCACAAGGGGGAGGGCACAGGGGGAACAGGGGGCGCAGGGGCACAAGGGGGAGGGACACAGGGGAAACAGGGGGCGCAGGGGGCACAAGGGGGAGGACACAGGGGGAACAGGGGGCGCAGGGGCACAAGGGGGAGGACCACAGGGGGAACAGGGGGCGCAGGGGCACAAGGGGGAGGGCACAGUGGGAAACAUGGGGCGCAGGGGCACAAGGGGGAGGACACAGGGGAAACAGGGGGCGCAGGGGCACAAGGGGGAGGACACAGGGGGAACAGGGGGCGCAGGGGCACAAGGGGGAGGACACAGGGGGAACAGGGGGCGCAGGGGCACAAGGGGGAGGACACAGGGGGAACAGGGGGCGCAGGGGCACAAGGGGGAGGACACAGGGGGGAACAGGGGGCGCAGGGGCACAAGGGGGAGGACACAGGGGGAACAGGGGGCGCAGGGGCACAAGGGGGAGGGCACAGGGGGAACAGGGGGCGCAGGGGCACAAGGGGGAGGACACAGGGGAAACAGGGGGCGCAGGGGCACAAGGGGGAGGACACAGGGGGAACAGGGGGCGCAGGGCACAAGGGGGAGGACACAGGGGGAACAGGGGGCGCAGGGGCACAAGGGGGCACCGGGCAGCACAGGGGGCACAGAGGGGGUACAUUCCCCCUGUCCCGGGGCGCAGCCGCCAAAUCCCUCUCUUUUCCUUGCUCCCCUCCUUGUCCCUCCUUUUUAUUUCCCUUAUUUCGCCCAUCUCUCCUCCCGCCCGUCCCCUUUCUCUCUCUUCCCCCAGUGCCACCGGGCAACGACCUCUGCUCCCCCCAGGGCCUUACGAUCCUCCCCAACUGCCGAGCCCACUUGCCCUGAUUCUUUCUUUUUCCCCUUACCCGCUCCUAUCUUCCUCCCUGUUCCCCUCCUCACCCAGUGCACGGGCAACGAUCUCUGCUCCCACCAGGGCCUCUACGAUCUCCCCAAACUGCAGAUGCACGUGCCAUUUGCCACUCUCGUGCAGAUUGUUAAGCUCUUUUCUUCCGCUUCUCUCCUUCCCCCCGCUUCCCCUUCCCCCCGUGCCACGGGCAACGACCUCUGCUCCCCGCAGGGCCUCUACGAUCUCCCCAACUGCGGAGCCCUGCCCCCUCCGCCCCCCCCUCCGUCUCUCCCCCCGCCCCCCCGCCCGCACCUUCCCCAUCUCCCCGCACCCCCUUCCGAGCCGUCCGUUCCCCCCUCUCCCACGGCUGACUCGAGUGCUACUGGGAGAAACGUGCUGGUAGGAUCUGUGGUGGGAUCUCUAGUAGUUGCUGCUAUUGCUUCGGCGCUGGUGGUGUGGAUGUAUUUUAGAGGGGCCAGGAAGGACAGGGAGAAGGGGGAGAGGGGGGAGAAGGAGGAGGGAGAGAAGCGGGGUGAAGUGGCAGCAGCAGGAGGGGGAGGCGGAGGAGAGGGCGGGGAUGGGGACGACGAGGAUCGGGGAAAAGAAGUGAUGGUUAUGGUGGGGGGAGUGAAGAGGAGAGGAGCUGGAGGAGGCGACGGGGGGUUCUGUGAGGAGCAGAUGAUCGGUGCUGGGGGGUUCGGGCCGGUGUAUCGUGGCGUGCUGGCGAAUGGACGGGUUGUGGCUGUCAAACGGCGAGCGGUGGAUUCCAUGCAGGGGUCGACAGAGUUCAAUAAUGAGCUCAAGUUUCUGUCCAAGAUCCGGCACCCCCACCUGGUGGCGCUGAUAGCCUUCUGUGAGGAGCAGGGGCAGCAGCUGCUGGUGUAUGAGUUCAUGGCGCAGGGCAACCUGCGCGAGCACUUAUACAACCGGUUGGGAGCGCCAAGGGGGCGUCUGCGGUGGCUGCAGCGCCUCUCCAUUGCUGUUGGUGCUGCCAAAGGCAUAGAGUACCUGCAUGUGGCUCUCCGUCCAUCCAUCAUCCAUCGGGACAUCAAGACCACCAACAUUCUCCUCGACGACAGCCUCUGCGCCAAGGUCGCAGACUUUGGGCUGUCUCGCCUGGGGCCGCAGGACAACACGCACGUUUCCACCAAUGUGAAGGGCACUGCCGGUUACCUGGACCCAGAAAGGACGGACUUUGGGCUGUCCCGCCUGGGGCCGCAGGACAACACGCACGUGUGCAGCAAUGUGAAGGGCAGUGCAGUGCAGGGUACCUCGACCCAGAGCCAGGACAACACGCACGUGUCCACCAACGUCAAGGGCACGGCUGGUUACCCUCCUCCCUCCGGCCCCCCCACCAGGUACUACAGGUACUACACGGUGCAGCAGCUGACAGACAGGAGUGACGUGUUCAGCUUUGGAGGUGGUCACGUGAGGUACUACACGGUGCAGCAACUGACGGAUCGCAGUGAUGUGUUCAGCUUUGGAGUGGUGCUGCUGGAGCUGGUCAGCGGGCGGCAACCCAUCGACCUCAGCCGCCCCCGCGUCGACUGGAACAUCAUUGACUGGAAGUGGAAGGUGGCCAAAGUGGGCAUUCUCUGUGUUGAGCCCCCAUCAUCCUCCCUCUCACUUCCUCCUCUGCGUGUUCCCCUAUCCCUCUCUGCUGCUGUGACACCCCAGGCGAGGAAGCACCUGCAGCAGGGGGACAUAGAGGCAAUAGUCGACCCCCACGCUCCCCCCUUCGGAAUUCUCAUAGACGCCAUGGGAGGUGGCCGAGCAGCAGCACCAGCGGCAGCACCAGCAGCACCAGGGGCAGGAGGGGAGGGGCAACAGGAGUACGAUUCUGAGAUAGGGGUGGAUUAUGGGGAUGAGAGGGGGGGAGGGAGAGGUGGAGGUGGGGAGGAAGGAGGAAGGGGUGGAGAGCGGUUGGGCGGUCAACGAGGGAGAAGGGUUGGCAGGAAUCGGUGGGGCGAGUGGAGUGGGAGCAGUGUGGGGAGGCCCGCGAUGGAGGAGGGCGGGGAGGCGGUCGGAGGGGGGGAGGAGGAGGGGGAGGAGGAGGGAGAAGAAGAGGGGAUGGAGGAGGAGGAGAGGGAGGGAGUGCGAUGGGGUUCAGAGGUCCCGGGAGUGGAGGAGAGAUGUACAUAA